CAGGUUGCAACAUGCAGCAUUUCGGCGACCUUGACUCGGCUACCGAGGAACAACUGCGUCUCAACAAUUUUGAGGGCAAAUUCGAUGUUAAAGAAUUUGUUGGAUCUAUAUCUGAGAGAUUAAUCACGCAAUCAAAGGCAAGCUCUGGGCCAUUCGAUCCCAAGCCAUUUAUACGAACAUUUGAAGCAGUCGUAGACAAGUUGAUCAGUGUGCGCAAGGAUGUCCAGGCUAAGACGGAACAGAUGGAAAAGAGUGUUCGAGUGGCAGAAAGGGAGUACUCGAAGAAGAUGGCAGACCUGAACCGAGGAUUCGAGGCCGUUGGAUCAUCCUUUUCGACAAUGGAAAGCAAGAUGAACGAAGUUGGACGCACUGCGGUCCGAAUAGGUGAACAGCUGGAAUCCAUUCACAUUGAACGCCAGAGAGCCCAGGCUGCCCAUGACCUCAUCAAUUACUACAACCAAUUUUCGCGCGGUGAUACUUCACGUUUGGAUGCUUUGAAGAAAGAAGGUCGAGAAGGUCGAAGUCAAGUUGCCGUUAUAUUGCGCCGACUCACAACUGUGGCCCGAGAGGUGGAUCUCCCCAGUGCAGACAAGACCCGAGAGAACAUUGACAAAUACUGCGAGAAGUUCGAGAAAGACAUGAUAUACCUCUUUGACCGAUGCUACCGAAAAGGAGACCCAAAGUUGAUGCAUCAUUGCGCACAAACAUUGUUAGAUUUCAAUGGUGGUGCAUCUUGCGUUCAAAUCUAUGUCAACCAACAUGAUUUCUUCAUGAACAAGGUUCGUGACACUGCAAACCACAGUGACGACCUGUUGUGGAAUAAUGUUUCCAAACCGGACGAAAGCCCGCCCAAAACAGAAUCAGGCCUCACAGAGUUGUUCGGAGAAAUACGAGCAACUGUCGCCCAGGAAUCACAGAUAGUCCAAGCAGUAUUUCCAAACCCACCAUUUGUCAUGCAAGUUUUCCUGCAGCGUGUUUUUGCUCAGUCUAUCCAACAAUACAUGGAGCAGCUCUUGACAAAGGGCUCUUCUCUUUCUGAUCUGGCUUACCUACGAAUUCUACAAUUGGUGCACAACCAAACAUCCAACCUCGUCGAAGACCUGAAAGCUCAUGAGCUCCCAUCCAUCACACCCAGCAAAUCAUCUCUGGAGAUAUCAGAGUUUCGUAGGGUUCUCUCCGGUGCACUGACGGUUUCUGGAACGUCGACAACGUCUGUUGUGAGCGCCAUGCUAGAAAACGCGAUGGCAGAACUGUUUGUACCAUAUAUCGAGGGCCAGAAAUAUCUUGACAGAGAGAGCAAGAGUCUUGGCGAGCUUUAUGCGGGACUGCUUGCGAAUUAUACUCGAUAUCAUAUGAGAAUGCAGAAAGUAAAAUCCUCGAUGUUUGAUCGGAUGGUGGACAGGCUCGGAGCUGCUGCCGCGAAUACUACGACAUCCGGUGGUUCAAGCACAUCGGCACAGGCUGCAGCGCUGAUCAUGCGGUAUGGAGGGAUAAGCUCAGAAAGAAUACAGGACAAGAGCUCAGAAGAUAACGUGCGGGAAGAAGACGGUUUGCUGAGCAUUGACGUUGCAGAGAAGAUGCUCAAGUGGCAUGCGGAAGCUGUUGGGAGAUGUGUUGAGCUGACUUCUCAAAAUGACGUCCCUAAGAACACAUUUAUCCUCCUAAGAGUGUUAGCGGAAGCCAUCGGCGCCGCAUACCUGGAGACUGCAAUAGAAUCAGCUAUCGCUCGUCUUGAAUUUGCCGACCCGAAACUUGAACCAAGUCUCCAGCCACUCGAAGUGUUGCGCUCAGUAGACCUCAUAUGCCAUCUGUGGCAGCAAUAUACGAAUAUGGCACUGUUUCCACUUGCAGCGUCAUCCGUCACUGUUCGGCGUGAAAUGACCAUCUUCAACAAUCAAACUGUAAGCAGGACCGAAGGGGCAGCAAAUACGCUGAUACAACGCACCAUAGAUGCUACCAUAACUUGGCUUUCUCUGCAGCUCUCGAAACAAAAGAAGAAUGACUUCAAACCACGGAAUGACGACCUCUCAUUUGCUCGUGUCAACACAGAACCUUGCGUAGCUUGUUGCGAGAUACUCGAGAAAGUGAGAGAUGCAGCGAUACAGAAUAUUAGCGGCAAGAACAGAGAGGCUUUUCUCACCGAAAUAGGUGUCUCCUUCCACAGUCUACUACUUGAUCAUCUCCGCAAAUAUCCUGUUAGUGCGACAGGAGGUUUGAUGCUUGCUAAAGACCUCAAAUCGUACCAGGAUACAGUGGCAUCUUUCAAUAUACCCGCUCUGCACGAACGAUUUGAGUUCAUCAGACAGCUCGGCAAUGUCUUUCUCGUGCGUCCUGAGAUCCUCAAGUCUUAUAUCACAGAAAAUUACCUCGGGCGCAUCGAUUCUGCCUUACUCAAACCCUACCUUGCACAACGAAGUGACUGGGGCCAGUUCGAGACCCGCUUCAACGAGAACGUCGAUGUAGAGGAUGUUGCAACAGACAGUGCUUCCAAGGGCCUUAAAGAUCGAUUCAAGAUGGCGAAGUUGGGCACGAUGGUGAAGGAUCUUGAAGGUCUUAAACUCGGUGAUGGUAUUUCUAUGGGUAUCCCCAGUGGAUUUACUGGGGGCUUUUCUAUAGGCGGACGUGGAUUGAACAAUAACAGUGCCUAGUAUACAUACAUACCUCUGUUGUGUUCGAUGGUGGUACAUCAAAUCGAAUCUGGUCGACUAUAUACUAUCUCUA